AUGCUGUUCUACUCAGAUGGGAAGCAAACGAAUACCGAUGGCAAUCGGCCCUCUGGCAAAGACAAACUAUCUGUAUGUGCUGUUAUCGCAGGACAUGUCUUUGAGAACGAUCCAGAGCAUGCAGCGCAUUAUGCAAAAGUGCCUGAUAAGUUUCGUGAUUCAACAAAUUAUCAUAUCAACAACCUUAGGAAAAGAUAUUGUGAAGGCUACAAUAAAUUACAUGCAAUGGGUGCUGGCUUUAUGCCAGAGGAUGAGACAUCUGCUCAGAAUUUGUACGCACAAAUUGUCAAAGACUUCCCUUGGUACGAGGACUUUGCCGCCAUCCUAGGCUCGAACCCAGCACUGUCUCUGAAGACAGUGUUGUCCCAUCUGGGAGUUGACUAUGCUGCAAAUUACUUCCAGACCUCGCACACAGCAGGACGGUCUUACUCGCAGGGCCUGCAUUCCGGUAGUGCCCAAUAUGGGGCCCCUGGUGCUCAACCUCAGUCUCACCCUGCUCCUCAACCACACCCUGCUCCUCAACCAUACCUUCUUCAACCUCCUCAACCAUACCCUGCUUCCUCCAGCAUCACACAUAAAGGCACCGGCCAUUUGGCAGGCGCUGCAUAUGAGGACCCCAGACAUUCAGCAUGCCCUCCAUAUGAGUGUGCCACCCAUUCAGCGCGCCCUCUACAUGAGGGUGCUGAUUAUUCAGUCCACCCUCCAUACGAGGGUGCUGGCCAUUCGGUGCACCCUCCAUAUGAGGGUGCUGGCCAUUUUGCUGGUGCUCAGUGCCCUUACGGUCAGUUAUCUGGUCCUGAUCCCUCUCCCGUAUUUCAGCAGCACAUCAGAGCGCAGCCCUACCAUUACCGCACUCCCUCUAAUAUGUCCCCCAUCCAAAAUGAUGAUGACAGAGGUCUUCAAGACAACGGCAAUCAUGCAAUGGAUUAUGGAUGGGAUGACCCUGAUGUCACCAUCCUUAAUAGUCCACCUAGUCUCAAACAAUCACUACAACAGUCACUCAUCUUUUGUGGGGAGACGCACAAGCUCAGGGUCGAUCAAACACAGCUCCAGUGGCUCCUCAGGCUCCUUGUAAUCCAAACCUUUAUCAACAACAUCUUCCCCCAUGCCAUCCCAUCCUCCUCAAAGGGCAAAGGCUGGCAAGGGAAGAAGCAGUGCUCAGACCUCCAAAGCCAAGUGGAGGUGCUGAAAGAUGGGAUUGAGACUGCACAGUCAGACAGAAUCACUCAUGAGGAGCUCAAGAAUGAACACUACAUGGCCAAAUAUAAUUUCACUCAUCAGUUGGAAGAACAUUGUUUCCUCAGCGAGGAACAUGCGUAUGAACAUGCGCAACAGGUGAAGGAAGUAGAUAUCUGUCUGCAUGAAGCUGAGAUGAGGAUGCAUGACUCAGUAGCACAUGCACAUGCUGAGGAGGCAGCUGCCCUCCAUCUCAAAAUUGAAUAUUGCCAUCUCACUAACACUCAAGGGUCUUGA